UGGCGUCUGCAGGCGACCCAGAGCGGGACACCGGCCAUUCAGUUUGAGCUUUCCGCCCUGAAAUUGAGACCGGGGCUUGGUUGGGGGACUUUGCGGGAACCCGGGUGUUUGUCUUUUUUCCUCCCCCGUUUUUUUCCUCCGUUGUGUGUGGCUUACUCAAGCACCGAGAUUGAAGCGGUACAGAAGAGACUCUCUCCUACAAUGAGGGGGAGAAGAGGAAGGCCGCCCAAACAAGCAGCCGCGAUGCGGGAAGGCUCACCGGGGCCAGUCCGCGGCUCUCGGGGCAGCAGGAGCAGAGGGAUGCGUGGACGGGGGAGAGGCAGAGGACGGGGCCGAGGACGGGGAGGAAGCGGCGGCGUUUGUGGCACCGGCUCCGCGGAGGUGGACACGGACAUCUCCGGCCGAGAGAACUUUCAUUCGUCCCGGGGCCGCAGGAAAGUUGGAGCCUCCGCCGCUGUGGCAGCCGCGGGUUCACGGAGUAGAGGAAGCAGAGGGAGAGGCAGGGGGUCGAGAGGCGGCCGCGGGGCUAGAGGCGGAGUGAGGCGGCCUCAAACUAAGGUGGUUUACGACGACAACAGCGACGAGGAGGACGAUAAUUUAAGCUACAGGUCGGACGAAGACGAACUCCUAAACGACAACCCGUCGUCGGAUCUUGAAGAAGAUGAGGCCUUGGGAAACGACUCCGACUAUCUGGAGGAGCUACCAGAUGAUGAUGAUGAUGAUGGUGUUGGUGUUGGUGAUGAUGAUGCCAGCUACUGCACCGAGAGUAGUUUUAGGAGCCACAGCACGCUCGGUAGCACCCCAGGCCGGAGAAAAAGUCGGGCAGCGCGACCGCAGUCUCCUGUUGUCGAAGCAAAGGACAUUCCUCUCUUGGACCUUCCCAAGUCUUCUGAGGACCUACUGGUUCCUACCUCACAGCUCCUCAACGUCUCUGCUGUCUACGAGGUCCUUCGCAACUUUGGCUCAGUGCUGCGGCUCUCCCCAUUCCGCUUUGAGGAUUUCUGUGCAGCUUUGUCCAGUCAGGAGCAGUGCACACUGCUGGCAGAAACCCACAUCUCCCUGCUUAAAGCUAUUCUCAGAGAGGAGGACACUUCCAACACCACAUUUGGUCCCGCUGACGUGAAGGACUCUGUCAACUCAACUCUAUAUUUUGUGGACGGUAUGACCUGGCCGGAGGUGGUGCGGGCGUAUUGUGAGAGUGACCCAGAGUACGGGCAUAUUCUGCCUUUUCAGGAGUGCGAGGAUUACCCGUUUGAACCGUUGGAUAGCAAAAUAAAAGUUCUCCAGUUUCUAGUGGACCAGUUUCUGGCGACCAACAUUGCCAGGGAAGAGUUAAUGUCAGAAGGUGUGGUUGCCUACGACGACCACUGCAGGGUAUGCCAUCGCCUUGGUGACCUGCUGUGCUGUGAGACAUGUUCAGCUGUUUACCAUCUGGAGUGUGUGAAGCCGCCAUUGCAGGAGGUACCAGAGGAUGAGUGGCAGUGUGAGGUGUGUGUGGCACACAAAGUACCCGGUGUGGCGGACUGCAUCCCCGAGGUGCAGAAGAGCAAACCAUUUAUUCGUCAACUGCCAGUCGGCUAUGACCGACACAAUCGCAAAUACUGGUUCCUGAACCGCCGCAUCGUGGUAGAGGAGGAUGGUGAGCAGGAGGACAAAGCCAUCUGGUACUACAGCACCAAGGUCCAGCUAGGUGAGCUGAUAGACUGCCUGGAUAAGGAAUACUGGGAGGCCGACCUGAAUGCAGCCCUUGAAGAGAUAAGGGACGAGGUGCACACGCAUAUGGACAUCACUGAGGACCUAACCAACAAGGCCCGGGGCAGCAACAAGUGUUUCCUCACUGCUGCUAAUGAGGAGAUCCUGGAGCGGUUACGGGCUAAGAAGGAGGAGGAACUGGAGGAGGUGAAAAGACGGGCUGCAGAGGAGGCCCAGAGAGCGAGGCUGGAGAAGGAGAAGAAGGAGAUGGGUGCAGAGAAGGAUGAUGAAGAGACCAAGCUGAGAGACGAGGGACAGCAGGAUGUCAAGGUCAAACUGACAAAGGAGGAUGAGACAAAAGAAGAGGCCAAAGAGGAGAAGGAUGGCGUCAAAACUGGAGUCCUUGAAGCUCCACCCACUGGCCAAGAAGUCAGUAGUGGCUGUAGCAUCUCAGACGGACCUUUACUCCCAGCAGCCUCUGCUCCAACACAAACCACCCCCGCCAUCGUGAGCUCUAGUCUGGCCACUGAGACCCCAAAGCCUCCGGCCUCCACCGUAGAGGCUGGGAUAGAGGGAUGUUCCCAUAUGGAGGUCUCUAACAGCACCAAAGCAGAAAACCCAUCAUCAGACUCUGUCCCUGUCAGUGGAGAUGGUAUCCCCAGCCUGAGCCACUCCUCCCAGCCUAGCGAGGAGAACAGUAACAGCAGCAUGGGAACCGGGGGUCCUCCCAGGGGUCCUGAACCCCCAGACUUGGCUGACAAGUCCUCCCAGUCCUCCUUGGCCAGCUUCGAAGACACAGGGGAUGGUAAAGAUUCGCUCAACGGUGAGAUGGGCCUCGGCGGUAAAAGGUCUGCAGCAACUCGCAUGGUGACGCGGCUUAGGAACCCAGAGAGCAAGCUGAGCCAGCUGAAGAACCAGCAGGUGGCUGCUGCUGUUCACGAAGCCAACAAGGGCUUCAAGGAGGGCAAAGAGGUACUAGUAGUAAAUGCACAAGGUGACAUCACCCGUGUCAGUACGCGCGGUGGCAAGGAAGUGGUGAUGAAGGGGACCCUCAGUCAAUACUUCAAGAUUGGCCAGGAGGGCAAAUUUCGCGUCUAUCAUAACCAGUACAGCUCAAAUGCCAUGGCCCUCAACAAGCACCAGCACAGAGAGGACCAUGAUAAGAGGCGGCAUCUCUCCCAUAAGUUUUGCAUGACACCAGCAGGAGAAUUUAAAUGGAACGGGUCCAUCCACGGCUCUAAGGUUCUGACCAUCUCCACACUGAGACUCACCAUCAUCCAGCUGGAGAACAAUGUGCCAGCACCAUUCAUGCACCCUAACUGGGCCUCACACAGGACCAACUGGAUCAAAGCAGUUCAGAUGUGCAGUAAGGCCAGAGAGUUUGCUCUGGCUCUGGCCAUCCUGGAGUGUGCCAUCAAACCUGUGGCUAUGCUGCCAGUCUGGAAGGACUCACUGGGCCAUACCAGGUUGAAUCGCAUGACGUCCAUGGAGCGCGAGGAGAAAGAGAAAGUAAAGAAGAGGGAGAAGAAGCUGGAGGAUGAGGAGACGAUGCAACAGGCCACCUGGGUGAAGUACACCUUCCCCAUUAAACACCAGGUGUGGAAACAAAAAGGAGAGGAGUAUCGCGUUACGGGUUAUGGGGGCUGGAGUUGGAUCAGUAAGACCUAUGUGGAGCGGUUUCUCCCCAGGCUUCCUGGCAACACCAAUGCUAACUACCGCAAAGAACUGGAAGAUGCUAAACUUGGCAAGAAAUGUACUCUGCUGGACUUGAGUCGACGGCCCAGUGUAGCCGCAUCAGAAGCUCAGGGAGUCACUGCCUCAAACAGUGACGCAAGAGAUCAAAACUCAUCUACCCUCUCCGAACCUGUAACAGAUCAUCUGAUGUCUGUUGAGGAUUUGGACUCUAAUGAGAGGAUGGAAGAAGAAAAGAAAGAAGCUGUGGAUGAAAAGGAAAAGUCUGAGGAACUCUCCACAGAUGAAUCACCGGCAAAGAUGGAAGUGGACCCCACCGAUGAACCAACAGAUGAAGAGAAAAGAUCCAGUAUUCAGGAGGAUAAGGUUUCCAUUAAGGAGGAGCCUACAGAGGGUUCUCUACGGCCUUUUAACUACGAUGUAGUGGAUGUCAGCAAGGGAUUCCUCACCCGCAUUGCCUACAAGAAGAAGAAGUCCUCCAAGCUGGACAGCCUGUUGGAGCGCCGAGUAAAACAGCAAAUAAUCGAAGAGAGACAGAGGCAGCAAGUUUCUGCCUCCAAACCCCAGAUUCCCACACCAGUAUCAACCACUUCAGCUCCAGCUCCGAGCACUCCAGUCAGGCCACGGUCACCACUCAAGCCCCACGCUCUGGCUCAGACGCAGGUCGCACCCGGCGAUGCUGUGAAAGUGGAGGGGAAAUCUUACACAACACAAAUUCCUGGACCAGGAGAAGUUGGAGAAGGACAAGUUAAAGGGGAGAGUCAGGCUGAACUCUCUAAAACUGCAGAUGAGAUAGUCACUCCUCCUCUUCCUUCUCCUGUUCCAGACUCCACACCCAAAGACAGUUGCAGUACAGGUACAGACAGAGAUUCAGCUUCACCGCAAAACCAAACCACCUCCAUGCCCCAGAAACUGGAGGCAGACUUACUGGAAAGGACUACGGGGCCAAAAGAAAUUAAUUUGGGUAGUUCAGGGCAAGAGGGUGUCAAACAGCCUGAUGUCCAUGAAACAACAGCACAGGGAACUAAUUGCUCUUUAGAGCAACAAACAGCCAGUGUACCAUCAGAUGUUACCAAGGCUGCACAUACUGAAAAUAUAGUGUCUGAGGUAUUGAGCAUGAAAUUGGACUCAGUAAGGACACCUACAAGUGUUGUUGACCAAAAAAGCAGUCAAAACACAUUUCCUUCUAAACCUCCUCAGCAAAGCCCAGAAACUUUAAGCUCAGCACAGUCGGGCAUAGAGGAAAAUGGCACCGGGCCAGACAAGAACCAAGAAAAUAUGCAAAGUAUUGGAAAAGGUCGAACCGAAGGCGUCGCCACUCCAGAUUCAGUUUCUCCUCUCCCUCAGGUAAAUGGUAAUGAUAGUUUGAGGAGUGAAACCAUGUUGAGUAACUCAAAUAAUGGUGUAUUCACCAACAGUCCCCAACCCAAGGUGAACAGCACUGGUAAAGUUGAAGAAGGGCCGGUUGUGUCGUUGAAGGACAGUACACAGCAAAAGCCUUUAGUGAAUGGUGAUUUGGCCCCUGUGAAUGAUAGCACAGGGGUUGUGGAAAAGGAACCAAGCCUAGAUUCUAAGGUAGAGGUGGAGAGCAAGAUAACAAUAUCGGAUCAGGAUUACACACCUCCACUGAAGAAUAUGAGGCUGGAGAAAAGCAUAGACGCUAAUACCCAGAGCACUCUACAGCACAACAGCAUAUCACCAUUUCAGCCUGCGGAGACCAAAACCAGUCCUGCUGUCAAGAUCAUCAGAAUGGCACCCUCUCCUAUACCUUCAGCAGAGGAGUCCAGUCUCAGCGACGACUUUGCAGAAGAGAAUAGUAACAGCGAGACGACAGAACCCUCUAAGACCAUCGUCACCCAGGUAACGACAACCUCCACGACCACCACAACAGUGGUUUCUAAGGAGAUGAGGAUAGCCAAAUCACCAUCAAACACAUCUGGAGAAAUUGCAAAGCCGGCAGUGGCAACAACAGAGAGCAGUGCAGUGACCACCCUCACUACCAUGACGAAAACAACCGUCACCAAAAUGUGUUCCUCUGGGCUUGAUGGUCAGUCAGAAGACAGCCUGAGUGAAAUGGUCACGCAAGAGCAGGGGUCGAUGCUCUCUGCCUCUAUCAGUAAGUCGACAACUGACGCCAAUGGUAGGACCUCAGUGUCAACCGUUGCUGUGAGCCAGGAGGAGUCAUCCACAAGGGGACGCGUCCGCCUCCUCAAAUUCUCCCGCACCAAGAAGACACGCUCGGACACCGCCCUUCCUUCUUAUCGCAAAUUUGUCACCAAGAGUAGCCGCAAGAGUAUUUUUGUGUUGCCACAUGACGACUUGAAGGUGCUGGCGAGGCGAGGGGGAUUCCGUGAGGUGCCUGUAUUUAGCUACAAUGCCAAGCCGGCCCUGGAUGUCUGGCCAUAUCCUUCACCCAGGCCCACAUUUGGCAUCACCUGGAGGUAUCGCCUGCAGACGGUGAAGGCUCUUGCUGGUGUGAGCUUGAUGCUGCGGCUCCUUUGGGCUUGUUUGAGAUGGGACGACAUGGCCGUCAAACCAUCGGCUGCUGUUGGCACAACACGUACAGAGACGUCGGAUACUGAAAUCACCACAACAGAGAUCAUCAAGCGCCGUGACGUGGGGCCCUACGGCAUUCGCUCCGAAUACUGCAUCCGCAAAAUUAUCUGCCCCCUUGGUGUGCCUGAGACGCCAAAAGAAACUCACACUCCUCAGAGGAAGGGGCUGCGGUCCAGUGCCUUGCGUCCCAAGAAGCCUGAGCCUGCCAAGCAGACGGGCCCAGUGGUGAUCGAGACCUGGGUAGCUGAGGAGGAGUUGGACCUCUGGGAGAUCAGAGCCUUCUCAGAAAGGGUAGAGAAAGAGAAAGCUCAGGCAGCAGAACAGGCCAAGAAACGUCUGGAACAGAAAUCUGGCACAGUCACAGUUACUCCCACAGGGACUCCCACAACACCUGCCGCCACGCCCAAAGUCAUUGUCGGUUCACUGUCAGGCCAGGGCACCCCCAGUACCAAGGUGGUACUGUCCACCAAGAUGGGCACCCCCGUCACAUUCCAGCAGAACAAGAACUUCCAACAGUCGUUUGCCACCUGGGUCAAGCAGGGUCAAAACACACAAGGAGCGGGCACAGAGACCACUGUGGCCACGUCCAGUGGGCACACCUUUCAUAUUACAGGAACCUCCGUGGGUGGAAAGGUAGUGACCACCAAGCUGCCGCUGCCGGCCAACAGCAAGAUCGUCACAGUCAACGUGCCAACUUCACAAGGAGGUGUGGUUCAGCAGAAGGUGUUGGGUAUCAUCCCCUCUAGUACAGCAGGCGGUGCUCAGACCUACACCACAUUCCAGCCCCGCACUACAACACUCAACAUCAGGCCCAACGCCCCAGGCUCCCAGCAGCAGGUUCUGGCAGCUGGUGGUCAGAUCCGUCCAGGAAUGACUGUGAUCCGAACCCCAAUCCAGCAGACGGGACCCUUGGGAAAGACAAUACUCCGAACACCCCUCAUGGUCCAGCAAGGUCAGGGUGGUCAGCAAGUAGUGACACAGAUCAUUCGUGGCCAAGCGGUGUCCACAGCAAUAUCUGCUGCCAGCCCUGUGGCCACAGUCACUGGACAGGGGGCAGCCAGCCCCACCGCAGGGGGACAGGCAGCUGGCCAAACACCACCCGGCACACCCCGAGCACAGGGGCAAGGCCAAGUUAAACUCACCCUGGCACAGCUCACCCAGCUCACUCAGAAGCAGCAGGCUGGGUCAGGUGUGGAUCGGCAGGCUGGUGUCGCUGGUACCCAGCAAGCUCUGACAGUGAUGGUUCAGGGUCAAGGUCAGACCACCGGCCAGCUGCAGGUCAUACCUCAUGGUGUCACGGUCAUCCCAGGGCCCGGCCAGCAGCUCAUGCAGGCGGUGUUGCCCAACGGCCAGGUGCAGCGCUUCCUCUUCACGCCCCUGGCUUCAGCUGCUACACCCACGUCAAGCACAACCACCACAGUUGCCGGCCAGCACAACGCCACCUCCACCAAAUCCCCGGCCCAGCCCGCUCAGCAGGCAGCCUCCCCCGUCCAGGCAGGGACAGCACCCCUGGCCACCACCAGCCCCUCUUCUUCAGCCACCCCACAAGGCCAGUUGCCCCCCCAGACGCAGGCCCAUAUGCCCAUUCAGUCUCCCACCUCGCUGCAGGUGAAAACGCCGGGAGGAACCGCCCAGCUGCAACUGCAGCAGACACCCCAGCUCAUCAGCAUGUCUGGACUGCAGCAGCAGGUACAGGUGUUGGCCCAGCUGCAGGCCCAGCAGGGUGGAGGCUCUCUGCCACAGCACAUCAAACUGCAGCUUCCUAUCCAGAUACAACAGACUGGGACCACCUCAGCUCAGGGAGGACAGAUCGGGAACGUGGUAACCAUCCAGGCAGCCUCUGUCCAGGAGCAGCUGCAGAGGAUCCAGCAGCUCAGAGAGCAGCAACAGCAGAAGAAGAGACAAGCUGCAGAGGCCAAGAGAGAGCAAGCUCUCAAUGCAGCCAGCCAGAGCGACAUCAUUCAGAAACAGGUGGUGAUGAAACAAAAUGCUGUGAUUGAGCAUCUAAAGCAGAAGAAGACCAUGACGCCUGCAGAGAGAGAAGAGAACCAAAGGAUGAUUGUAUGCAACCAGGUGAUGAAGUACAUCCUGGACCGGAUAGACAAGGAUGAGAGGCAGGCUGCCAAAAGGAGGAAGAAAGAGGAGGUGGUGGAGGCAAAGAGGAGGUUGGCCAAUGCCAGCAAGCUCUCGUCACUUCUUUACCGGCACAAAGAGAGCCUCAAGAUGGAGAUCCUGAAGAAGCGGGCGCUUCUCGACAAGGAGCUGCAGCUCGAGGCCCAAGAGGAGCUAAAGAGGGACCUGUUGCGGAUGCGGAGGGAGAAGGAGAGGGCUCAGGCAGCAGCCCAACAGGCAGCCCAGGCCGCCGCCACUGCCGCCGCUCACAGCCAGCAACAACACACUCUAGCACGCACACACGGCAUCACCACUCAGCACCACCUCACCACAGCCGUCACCUCCGCACACAAGAGGAAACGUGAGGAGGAGAGGGAGACGACGACGGUGGCGGCAAAGUCUAAGAAGAAGAAGAUGAUCUCGACGACGAGCACCAAGGAGAGCAAGAAGGACACCAAGCUCUACUGCAUCUGCAAGACGCCCUACGAUGAGACCAAGUUCUACAUUGGCUGCGACUUGUGUACCAACUGGUAUCAUGGUGACUGUGUGGGCAUCACAGAGAAGGAGGCCAAGAAAAUGGACGACUACAUCUGUGUGGAGUGUAAACGAGGCCAGGAGGGCACUACAGAGGAGCUGUACUGCAUCUGUCAGACACCAUACGACGAGUCCCAGUUCUACAUCGGCUGUGACCGGUGUCAGAACUGGUACCACCGGUCGCUGUGUGGGCAUCCUGCAGAGCGAGGCCAACCACAUCUGACGAAUACGUGUGCCCGCAGUGCCAAUCGACAGAGGACGCCAUGACGGUGUUCACACCGCUCACAGAAAAGGACUACGAGGGCCUGCGGAGAAUCCUGCGCUCCUUACAGACCUUUCUACCAUGGAGGAGAGGUUACAGAAGCGUGAGUACGUGAAGCUGACAGAGUUUGUAGCGGACAUGACCAAAAAUCUUCGACAACUGCCGCUACUACAACCCCAGUGACUCGCCCUUCUACCAGUGUGCCGAGGUUCUGGAGACCUUCUUCGUCCAGAAGCUCAAAGGCUUCAAAGCCAGCAGAUUGUGAUGUCAAAACUCCUGGGUGCCGGGGUCACUCUUAAAACAAACAAAUAAUUUGCUAUCCCGGACGUUGCUGUUUUUUACUUCUUUAAAACAGCAAUUUAAAAAAAAAACUUUUGUAAGAAAGUUCAUAUAUUAAACCACACUGUAGGUGUGAACCUUUUUUUAUUUUAGAAGCAAAGGAAAGGAGAAAAAAAAGUUUCUACUGUCUAAUAAUGGCAGCCAUGUUGGUAACACAAACGCAUUCAAGGGAAAAUGUAUUUUCUUACACUUCUUGCAACAGACGACCGAUAUUUUGUUUAUGUUUGAGUUGGAUAUGAGGCAAAAUGAAGUUUAGCUACGUUUGUCACUCUCUCUCUCUUGAGAUUCAAUUUUGAAUAAAAACCAACAAAAAGCUAUUGAUUUUGAUUGUGAAAUCUGAUUUAAUUUCCACACAAGCUGAUAACUUAUCUUUUAAUUUCAUAGAACUGUUGUUUAUCUUUUUGGUCAUAACAUGCUGCAGCAGAACAUUUUUACCUCAUUUCUUAGCUGAGAAUUUUUAAAAAAGAAGCAUGCAACAUUUAUUAGUUUUUUUUUAUUGGCUGUACCCAUGUAUAAUGUUAUUUUAUGUGCAUAUUAUAUCUUUUUGUGAAGGAUUAUUUUCAUGUUCUAAAGGAAAUAAUGGUAGAAUCUGUAAAAAUAGAUUGGAGCAAAAUCUAGUUUAGCUUUCCUGUUCUAAAUAUGGCGAGCUCGGCAGUCUCCAGUUUAAAACAAGUCCUUGUAUAUACACUGUUGGGCCGACAUCACAUCAUACACUUCGAUUACAUUUCACCAACAUGGCUGCUUGGUCUAUGUCAAAAUGUCUGACCCACUGGCAUCCAAUACAUGUUUUUGUUUUGUUUGUUUUUGUUUUUUUGUAUUUCCCCUAGUGCAUAUUUUUGUCAUAUUGUAAAGCUUUUAAUAAAAAAGGAAACAACCAAGUUAUCCAACUGUUUUCUUCCUCCUCUCUUUGCCGUCUCUGUAGGUCUCAUAACAACAAACUACAAUCAGCAGCCUCUUAGCUCCCUCCUAAAAACCAAGUGUCAAAAAGACAGCAAGCCUUGCAGUUUCCUCUGAAUGAUUAAAAGCCCUGUGGUCCAAGUCAGGCUACAUCUGAACCUGAACCCUCUCAGGAGAAGAGCUCCCAGCUUCCAGCUGAAAAUCAGCUCGCACUGGUGUCACAGUUAAAGCUCAACAAUACUGGCACCGUGACUGGACGAGAGCCCACCCUCCAACAUCCUCCCUUUUCAUCCAAAGUGUCAUUGGGACGUAAUGACAUAAGGUCCCACCUUCAGAACGGGGGCAGGACGGCUGUGAACUCGUUUGGCUCUCUGUUUUUUUCUAACAAGCCCCUCUAUGAGAAGAGAGAUCCAGAUGAGAAGUGGUGUGGCAGAUAAAGUUGGCAGGCCUGAUGUUCAGUGGCAGUCUGAUCAUACGGCUGCAGCCAACUCUUAAGAGUUGCGAUAAAUCUGUAGCUGAUCACUAACCUUGUGUUUCCUAUAUAGCAAAGUGUCAGCUUUGUUCUUCCUAACCAGAGGUGCAACUUUCAUUUCAUCCUGUCACUUUGAAUAUGUCUGCUUUAAAUUAUAAUGCACACUUUCAUGACACAGACAUCCCAUUAAAAUCCUGUUUAUGAUGUUAAUGUCUUCAAGUGAGCAUGGUCAAAAUGGCCGGUUCAUGCUGCAUAUGAUGCUUAACGUACAGGAGCUGCAGCCUUCAUCUUCAUGCACCUUGGAGUCCAUUCUUCAAUUAUUUUUUUUACAAUUGCAUGACUUGAAACAGCAUUUUAUUGGUGCAGUAGGAGCGUACAGCUCUCUUUGUCCCCCACUGGAACCAAUCAGCAUUCAGAUCCACUUUAUUCAGUUAGCCCAGAUAUUUCGACUGAAAAACCAUUCGUUUUCAUUUGACCCUCAGGUGUGUAGUUCUGCACAAAGCCUGAACUGGCCUCAUGAAACACAUUCAGAAGUGAAUGUGUCCAUCAGUGGUACAUUUUACUACAUUCCCAGUCACAGUAUUAUGUUGCUGAAAUGCUCCAUUUGUUAUAGAAGCUGUAUUUCAGAAAAAUAGUCAAGAUUAAUUUUUUCUGUAGGAUUAAAAUCACCACGUAUGGGUGUAGAGUCAUCUCGGUCACUCAAGUAAUUCAGGGGUCCUCAUUUUGUCUGAGGGCCACUUCACUUUAAUGUUAAUUUACUAGAGGGAAAUAACCAGGACAGGCCAUUCCACCCACCACAUCCUGCCCCUCCUCAAACCUUUUUUCCCCCAUUUUGUGUCCUUGUGAUAUGCAAGCGAAGAAUGUUAAAUAGCUCUCCUUGAAGCUUGACCUUCUGAAGACUGUCAACGACAAGAAACGAGGAAAUGAGACUGGUGGACGUAUUAGGCCUUCAGGGAAGGUGAAACUUGUACAAGGCUUAACUAACCCACAUGUACUUUACCCUCCCUCUAUACUCAUUCUGUCUUGUCAAAUCUCUUGAGUCUGUAAGUCUCUCUCCCCUUAUCUAUCGGCCACUUCUUCCAGCAUAUUUCAUUGAAGUUGACAGGUUGGCUCACAUAUGUCUCUCAACUCACCCUCAAAGCAUGGUUAAGUAAUUAGAUAAUGGACUUUUCCACUCAUCAACUCAGUUAUGUUGUGGUCUGUGGCAACAUGUCUGGGAGUAAACUUUGAGUGUGGACUGGGGAGUCUUUGUACCAUGGGGUUUGUAUGAAAAUUUUAUAGCUGCAUUUUUAGCAUAUUUGGGAACAUUUUUGUAAUCUGUGAUCAGAUUUGUAGGAGCGGAGCAGUUAUGAGACACAGUUACAGUUGUCUUUAAGUUGAUACUUUUAAAUUUAGGCAUUCGGUUUCAAUCCUUUUUUAAAUUUUAUCUGUGUUCAACCAGAGUUGAGAGAUAAUGUAGCUUCUGUCGUCUUUUCUGUGUUUGUGUGUCUGUCACACAAAUUUCUGUCACUUUGUAAUCUGAUGACGUGCUUCAUCCAAUGUUUGUAAUCUUUGUUGUAUAUGAUGACUGUCCAAAUAUGUAGAAAUGAGAGAUUUUUAGAGCAGUAGAAACUUUUAUUUUUCACUCUUUGAACCAGCAACUAAGCCCGCCUGUAUAUUUUAACUGUCUAUUUUUUCUUUUUAAUUGAAGUGAACUCUACAUUUAGGUGAAAUUGCCAUUUAUAUUUAAAGUGCUGCAUAUUGUGAGCAUAAAGGUUUUGAAUGGGGUAGAGUGACACAGUAACUCUUGUGAAGAGUUUUUCUUUUUUUGUAAGAAACCAACCAGUUCAGCAUAACUUCUAUAUUGACAUUGCAUUUCUUGUAUUAUUUAUUCAUAUCAAUGAAAAGUUCUCAGUUUUUUGAGUAAUGUUAAAGAAACGUAACUGCAGAUUAAAAAGUACUCUAUGUUUUUAACAGAUUGUGGCAACUCCGAAGAGAUUCUCUUUUGUACUUGA